AUGCCCGAGCGCAAUGCGAUCGUCGCCCGGACAAAUUAUCCACACGCUUCGCAUGAAUCAGAAUCCUUAGCUCGAAUUCUGGGCGCUGUCACUUACACGAUGUGGACACUGCACAGUCAAAAAACACACUACUAUGUCUAUCAAAUUCCUACUCGGUUUGUUGCUGCGAAGAGCUUGGACAUGUCUUCAGUGGUAUUGACCGGGGCGUUUUGCUUCGAAAAGGAGAUCGGCGAGCCCGGAUCGCCCUCCAUUGUUGCUAGAUCCUGA